GGUGACUGUAAUUUUAUUUCCUGGACAACAGCCCAUAACACUGCAGAAAUAAUUGGCGCCCAACACGGAUUGAACUAACAUAACAAAUACUGAUGACUACAGGACUACUGAAGGAUCAGCGAAACUAUUCCAAAGACAAUUGCCAGCAUGAUUUAUAUUAUUACCAUCCUUUAAUAUUGAUGCAACAAUGGAUUCAUGAGUUUAUGUUAACAGUAAAACAGCUACACCCACAAUUUAUAGCUCUUCACUUGCAAGAAGUUGGCGGAAAAACCUACGAGCAAUCUUCUCAUCAUGUGAAAGAGUUUGUGAAAUCUCUGUGUGAAGCUUAUGAAAUGCAAGAAUUCUCCAUUGUGCGCGUAUAUCUGGAUGAAAACUUUACUUCACAGGAGCAGUUUACGGCUUUGGGAAACUUGUAUUUCGGCCAUAAUACUAUACCUAACAGUCGUCUUUGGAAUUUCAAAAAUUGCUCGUGGGAAACUACACAAGGAAAAAAUUUUCAUUUUGGAAAUAUAGAAAAUGUACCAACGAAAGAUAAGUCAAAAUUUCCGCUUGAUUUUUUUCCUGAGUGCAAAUGGUCAAGGAAAGGAUUUAUGAGAACACGUUGGGAUAUUAAUGGCACCACUUUAGAUUUUGUAAAUAUGCAUUUAUUUCAUGAUGCAUCAAAUUUAACUGCACUUAUUGAAUUUCCUUCAGUUUAUUCACAACGAAGGCGAAAGGCAUUGAUUCACACAUUGCAAAGAUUCGAUAUGGACAAGGACAAUGAGAUUGUACCUUAUUUUCUAUUCGGUGACUUUAACUUUCGAAGUGAUUCUGCAGGCGUAACUAAGGCACUAACAAUAAAUCUGACAGAGCACCGUUUGGCAACUACGAAUGUAAACAAUUUAAAAAAACAAUACCGUGAUGAAAAUGGAAAAAAUAUAUUGACCAUCGGAAAGAAAGAAUUCCAUCAUAUUGAUCAUCAAAAUAAAUUCAGAGGAGAGUGGGAGCUUGAUUUUGAUCGUUUAGUUUGUAUGAGAGCUAUGCAGGGUUCGUCCGGAAAGUAAUAGAACUGAUUUUCUUCCGCCGCGACUGUACUUCAGAGUGUGCACGCAUAAACUGGAUUCUGUAGCAGGCGUUCUUAGCUAACGAGUGAGCGGCUGGUCAGUUGCCUCCGAGCACCUGGAGAGUUAGAACAAACAUUUUCUGUGGGUGGUGCAAGCCGAAAAUACAGCGUUCCUUAGAACAGAGGUACGAGAUUAAAUUGUGUGUGAAACUCGGUAAAUCUGCGACAGAGACGUCUGAUAUCAUCAAGCAGACUUACCCAGAUGUUGCUUUACA